AUGGGUCAGGCGCCUAGCGGCGGCGCGGGCCGCCCCGGCCGCGAUGGCAAGGACAAGAAGAAGGACGGGCAGAAGAAGUGGGAGCCGCCGCUGCCGACGCGCGUCGGCAAGAAGAAGAAGCGCGGGCCCGACGCCUCGACGAAGCUGCCGGCCGUGCACCCCACGACGCGCUGCCGGCUGAAGCUGCUCAAGAUGGAGCGCAUCAAGGACCACCUGCUGCUGGAGGAGGAGUUCGUGCAGAACCAGGAGCGCCUCAAGCCGCAGGAGGACAAGGCGGCCGUGGAGCGCACGCAGGUCGACGACCUGCGCGGCAGCCCCAUGGGCGUCGGCACGCUCGAGGAGAUCAUCGACGACGAGCACGCCAUCGUCAGCAGCGCCACGGGCCCCGAGUACUACGUCUCCAUCAUGAGCUUCGUCGACAAGGACCUGCUCGAGCCGGGCUGCUCGGUGCUGCUGCACCACAAGGCCAUGUCGAUCGUCGGCGUGCUGGGCGACGACGUCGACCCGAUGGUCAGCGUCAUGAAGCUCGACAAGGCGCCGACGGAGAGCUAUGCGGACGUGGGCGGACUCGAGACGCAGAUCCAGGAGAUCAAGGAAUCCGUGGAGCUGCCAUUGACGCAUCCCGAGCUGUACGAGGAGAUGGGUGUCAAGCCGCCAAAGGGUGUGAUCCUGUACGGCGUGCCGGGCACGGGCAAGACGCUGCUGGCCAAGGCCGUCGCCAACCAGACGUCGGCGACGUUCCUGCGCGUCGUCGGCUCGGAGCUGAUCCAGAAGUACCUGGGAGACGGCCCGAAGCUCGUGCGCGAGCUCUUCCGCGUUGCCGACGAGCAAGCACCGUCGAUUGUGUUCAUCGACGAGAUCGACGCAGUAGGCACGAAGCGGUACGACAGCAGCAGCGGCGGCGAGCGCGAGAUCCAGCGGACGCUGCUCGAGCUGCUCAAUCAGCUCGACGGCUUCGACACGCGGCACGACGUCAAGGUCAUCAUGGCGACCAACCGCAUUGAGAGCCUCGACCCGGCGCUGAUCCGUCCAGGACGCAUCGACCGGAAGAUCGAGUUCCCAAUGCCCGACGCGAAGACAAAGAUGCGCAUCAUCCAGCUGCACACCAGCCGCAUGAACCUCGACAAGGACGUCGACCUCGAGGCGCUUGUCAGCGCGAAGGACGACCUCAGCGGUGCCGACAUCAAGUCGCUUGCCACCGAGGCCGGUCUUCUUGCUCUGCGCGAGCGGCGCAUGCGCGUGACGAAGAAGGACUUUGACACGGCACGAGAGCGCGUCCUCGACCGGAAGAAGGAGAACACACCAGAGGGCCUGUACCUCUAA